UAAAUUUAGAACACCUUCUUUGUAAACCUUUCCAGUCUUGUCUUUGCCUUAUCAUAGAAGAUUACUGUAGCAACUUAGUCAUUGGAAAUAGAGACAGAUUAUGGAGUGGGGCAGCGCUUAUGUCUACCAUGGGAGCUCUGAGGAUGAGAUGCUUUCAGAAACUGAGCUAGAGGAAGGAAUGUACCUCAGUCUCAGUGACAACAGUGAUGAUGAUGACGUUAGCUCUCCUCCUCUAGCUGUUAUCCCUCCUGCUCCACAGCCACAAUUCAGAAGGAACCUAACAGCUAAACCACCAAGGCUAGCUCCAACUUUAGAUGAUGGAUCUGGUGAAGACACUGAUGAUGAAACUGAAGAUGAUGAUGAUGAAGAAGAAGGCGAGCAAAUGAUACCUCGUCAAUCGGCUUAUGCUGAUUUAACAUUUCCUAAUCAGCAAGGGCAGCAGCAGCAGCAGGAGGAACAGAGUGAAAGAGGAGGUGAAAAUGAGGGAGAGUACUCGUCUGGAAAAUACGUUCAAAUAAGAGAAAUGGAGCAAGAAAUAAGAGAUCAGGCAGCAAAAGAGCCAAUGAGGAUUGCACCUCAAAGCACUAGUGCAACUAUACCACCUCCACCUCCUCCCCCUGAACCAACUCCUAAAGCAUCUUCGUACAGUGUACCUGCUCCUCCACCAAUAAAGCAGCUGCACGGGAUAAUGAAGAAAGAAGAAUUGAAGAAGCAAAAAAGGCAAAGAGUUCGCUGGGACAAAAGCUACAGAGGCAGACGUAAUAACGCUUCUCAAGGUUUUAAGACUCGUCGUGCUGAUACUAAUGUACUAGCUGUCAAGUUCAAUACUCUUCAAGAGGCAGGGCACAUACACACAGGAGAUGCACAGUUUUGUUCUAAUCCUAACUGUGGAGCUGUUGUCAGUCACUUGACUAAACUGAUUGGAGAAGAAGAUGCUGAAAAGAGAGUAUGGAAUUGUGAGUAUUGUGGUACAGCAACUGAGCUUGAUAUUGUAAAUGAAGAGAUACCAACAGAAGAGGAUACAACUUACCUCAUCACACCUGCUUCUAUAAUGGCUGCUGAAGGAGGAGCCCCUAUAGCAAUGGAUGAAUCACUAGUUGUAUUCUGUAUUGAUACUUCUGGCAGUAUGUGUGUUACUACUAAGGUAUCUGGUCAAUAUGAUAUUCGCGGAGCUAAAGAGAAACGAGACAAAAUGAUGAACAGUUUUCCAGCUGAAGUCCUUGCAGAAUUGCGCCAACCAGAGUAUCGACACAUGCAAGCAAGGCAGCAGAAUGUGACAUACAUAUCAAGAAUGGAGAGUCUUCAAGCAGCUGUAGAUACUCAUUUAUCAAAGCUGGUCCACUCUGAGCCUAAUAAAAGAGUAUCAAUAGUUACAUUCAGCGAUGAUGUUACUAUAAUGGGUGAUGGUAGGAUGGUACCUGUAACUAUUGCUGGGGAUAAACUGUCUAAUAGUAAAGCUGUCAUUGAUAGCGGAAAGGAAAUACCACUACCUUCUACUAUACGUGAAACUCAGAAAGCUUUAUCAAAGAAGAUAUACAGUUUGGAGGAGUCUGGUCAGACUGCUUUAGGACCAGCUGCACUAGCUUCAGUUGUCAUAGCGUCACAGAAACCAGGAUCAAGAGUAGUUCUGUGUACUGAUGGACUAGCUAAUGUUGGUCUUGGAAGUCUUGAUGUUGCUGGUGGCGGUAAAGCUUAUGCCAGUGCUGAGAAUUUCUAUGAAGACCUUGGUGACAUUGCUAUGGAUAAAGGUGUAACAGUCAACUUUUUAUCAAUCAAAGGGACCGACUGUAGAGUAGCUGAGUUAGGUCAAGUAGCUACUAGAACAGGAGGUGAAGUCACCAUAGUGGAUCCACUGACAGUCACUGAAGAGUUUGGUAGUAUAUUGAGUAAUCCUGUUAUAGCUACUGACGUUGUGACUAAGAUUAUAGUGCACAAUGGAAUGUAUUUUCGUACUGAAGACUCAAAAGAGAAUGUUGUAGUGAAGCAGGUUGGUAAUGUCACUGCUGAUAGUGAACUCACUUUUGAUUACGGAGUCCGCAAAGCACAAACCACACCUCCAACAGAAUCACCAAAAGAUGGUGGUGAUGAUGGGAAUUCAAAAGAGAGCAGUGAUGGAGGAGCUGCUACAGGAGCUAGUGCCUCAAGUGAUACAGUCCCUCCUCAGAUGAUUGAUGGUCAGCCUCACUUACCAUUCCAGCUGCAAAUAGAAUACACUAAUUCUGAUGGUGACCGCUGCCUUAGAGUAAUAACUAAAGCAAAACCAAUAACUACUGAUAGAUUAAAGGCCGAGCAAGAAAUGGAUGCUGGUAUUAUUGGUACUCAUGUUGCUAAGCAAGCUGCUGAUCUAACUAUGCAGGGAGAGUUCACUCAGGCACGAGUCAAGUCACUGGCUACGCAGAGACUCCUUCAGAAGCACAGUAAAUCAAGUGCAAGUCGUAGAUGGGAAUACACCAACUGGUGCAGUAACAUGAUACCACUGGAGAGGGAACUCCAUAGGAUGCAAGUGAGCGAGAGGAGCUCAGGAAGAAACCUCAGCGAUGACGAAGAUGAGUUUUACGAACGAGGCUCUGAGCUAAUGGGUACCUCUUAUGCUGCUCCUUCCAAAAGAAACUACACUACUCCUGCGUUUACUUCGAGUGCACCAGCUCCACAACAAGCUCCAAAAAUGAGAAAGUCUAAAGAAGCUCAUCGAAGGAGAGACAUAUCUGAUGAUUUGGCAUUAGGAGUCUAUGGAUUGAAGAAAGCUUCGUCCAGCGCUUUCAAAGCUGCUCCACCAAGAUCUGCUAGUCAUCAAGUUAAACCUCCCUCUGUGCCAAAGCCCCUUCCUCCUCGUGCUGUUACCAUAGCAGUUGUGCCACAGAGCCAGAAAGAUGAUGAGACAAAAGAGAAAGAAAAGCCAAGCGAGAAGAAUGAGGACUAAGACGAGUCAAGAACAAUGGCAGAAUUUUUUAUUGUGCUUGUAGUUUUUAUUAAUAGUUUUAUGAUCUUUUGUGUGUAGUAUAGUAACCUGAAUGU